AUGGUCGAUAUUCGGCUGUUUUUCGCUAACGGCCCCCAAAACACUGUAAGUCACCCAGCCCUGCCCCAAUUGCAUACAUAUACUAACCAAUUCCAGAAAAAAAGGCCCCAAACACAAUCAAAUGCCAGUAAAAGUAAGCCAAAGACUUCCACUGCGAAGCUGGCAACAAAGCAAGAGAGUGUAGAGAUUAUAUCAGACGACGAAGUCCCGGCCAAACGGCAGAAAACACUGCCGGAGUCCUCUAGCAAGUACUUUCCAGCCGAGACAAAAGAGUCAAUCGAUGAAUUGCCGGAGACGCCAGUAGCAAAGAAACCAGCUACGCCUAAAAAGAUAUCGAAGCCAGUUGUAGAAGAGUCGCCGGAGAAGCCAAAGCCUGCUGGUCGUAGAAGAGCUGCUAAGAAGACAUAUAUUAACUUGGACUCAGACAUGGAGGAUUCAGAAGAAGAAUUUAAGCCCGACGUAGAGGAAGAAGCGGAAGACGAUGAUUUUGAGGCCGAUGAAAAUGCCGCUGAAGAACUCGAAGACGGAGCUAUCGACGUCGAUGCCGAAGACGAGGCUCUCAAGGAAGAAGAGUCCAUUCAAGAAAUCGAGCCAGAACCGAAACCAAAGAAGGCACCCGCGCGUAAACCAAAAAAGCCCAGUGAACUUCCUGCUGCUGUGACCGGCGUACAUGCAGAUGAGAUCUUGGAUAAGAUUCCUAACGCCGAGCUACCAGAUGCUCCGGAAACGGAUGGCAAGCUUAAUUAUUUCGCUUUGAAGGGAAAACAACAAAAUGUCGCACCACCAAGUGGGGACAUAGACCUUCCAGAGGCGGCUCCUAAUUGUCUCGGCGGUCUCACGGUCGUGUUCACCGGUGUGCUUCCUAGCCUUGAUAGAAGUGCCGCCGAGAACCUUGCGAAGCGUUAUGGCGCAAAGGUCACGAAAAGCAUCCUGGGCAAAACUUCGCUUGUAGUCAUCGGAGAAGAGGCCGGCCCCUCCAAGGUUAAGAAGAUCAAAGAUCUAGGUAUCAAAGCUAUCACAGAACAGGGCUUCAUCGAGUUACUUCGUCUCAUGCCCGCCGACGGUGGAGAUAGCGACCAGGCCCGUCUAGCCAAAUUGAAGCGCGAGGAAGAGGAACAAAUGAUACUCGAACAAGCCGCUGCCGAAGAAGAGGCCGAGCAACAGAGAGUCAAGAAGGAGAGACUUGAGAGAGAAAAGAGAGACCGUGAGGCCGCCAAAAAGGCACAAAAGUCUGCUGCUUCAACCAACACAAAAGCCGCACCGGUCUCGUCUCUUCCCAAAAGCAUGCCCAGAGAAAUAUCCAAUGAUGAAAAGCUUUGGACAUCCAAGUAUGCACCCACCUCUGUUACUCAGCUUUGUGGCAAUAAAUCGCAAGUGGAGAAAUUGAGAACUUGGCUUUCAAACUGGUUUACCUACUCGAAGAAUAAUUUUGACGGUUCUGGACCUGAUGGAUCGAAGUUCCGUGCUGCGUUAAUUUCUGGUCCUCCAGGUAUCGGAAAAACCACAGCUGCGCAUUUGAUUGCAAACGAGCUCGGCUAUGAUGUUCUCGAAAAAAACGCAUCGGAUGUUCGUUCCAAAUCUCUUCUCAAUUCGGAGAUUAAAUCCGUUCUCAACAAUACCUCGGUCGUAGGCUUCUUCAAACACAAGGAUGACGCUAACCCUGGAAGCAACGACAAAAAAUUCUGUCUCAUUAUGGAUGAAGUUGACGGAAUGUCCAGUGGUGAUCAUGGUGGAGCUGGUGCUUUGUCUGCUUUCUGUCGUAUCACAAAGAUGCCUAUGAUUCUCAUCUGUAAUGACAAGAGUCUCCAAAAAAUGAGAACAUUCGACACUGUGACUUAUCAACUCCCGUUUAGAAGACCAACGGAAGUGGAAAUGAGAGCCAGGUUGCUCACAAUCGCACACAGAGAGAAAUUGAAGCUUGAGCCUGCUGUCAUUGGCCAAUUGGUUCAAGCCACCGGCAAUGAUAUCCGUCAGAUCAUCAAUUUAAUGUCGACAGUCUCCAAAACUCAAAAAGUCAUUGGCCAUGAAAACUCGAAGGCAAUCGCCGAAAGUUGGAAAAAGCAUGUGCUUCUCAAGCCUUUUGAGAUUACUUCAACUCUUUUGGGAGGGCCAAUUUUCAACCCAAGCUCGAAGAGUACUCUCAAUGACAAACUUGAUUUAUAUUUCAGUGAUAUUGAUUUCGCUCCUCUUAUGAUCCAAGAGAAUUAUCUAAUGACACUUCCGGCAGUCCUGUCCAAAACAGAACAUUUGAAGAGAAUAGCAAAAGCAGCUGACUCUAUCAGUCAGUCAGACUCCGUCAACUCUCUCAUCAGAUCCAGUGAGCAACAGUGGAGUUUGUUGCCGUUCCAUGGUAUCUUGUCGACAGUGGCUCCAGCAGCGCAGGUCAAUGGUCGCAUCACAGGUCGUAUAAAUUUCUCCGCUUGGCUAGGGAACAAUUCGAAGACGAUGAAAAAUCAAAGACUCUUGCAAGAAGUCCAAUACCACACUAGAUUGCGUACGUCCACCAGCAAGAGCGAAUUGCGUCUAGACUAUGUUCCAGCCAUGCGUGAGGCCUUAACGUUGCCAUUGAUAAACGAAGGUGAUGCCGGUAUCCCUCAAGUGAUCGAGGCUAUGGAUCAUUACUAUCUCACAAAGGAAGAUUGGGAUAGUAUACUUGGGUUUGGUGUGGGUACAGCGAACGGAGUGGCACUGAAAAUCAAUACCAAAACGAAAACGGCCAUGACAAGAAAAUACAACACCAUGCAGCAUCCAAUUGCAAUCUUCAAAACGGGUAAUUCCGUUGGCAGCUCUGCUGGUGCUAAACGUAAAGUAGAUUUCGAAGAUGUUGUUGAGGAUGACACUGCAAAGGAUGAAGAGGUAGAAGUCGAGGAUAACGAUGCCAUUGAUGCAAAGAAAGACAAACUUAUCAAGAAGGUUGUUCCCAAGAGCGGUGCAAAGGGAGGAAAGAAGGCCGCAGCCAAGAAGCCAACCAAGCGGGCCAAAAAGUAG